AUGUUGAUUGGAGGGAAAGGUGGUGGGGUGGUUAGUAGGUUAGCAACGGCUUUCGGGCUAGUGUUGCUCUUUGCCAAUGGGGCGGGGGCUACCGGUUGCAACAGUACCACAAAGACUGUCACGGCAACCGUUACCAGAGGAUGCGGUGGUUACGGCGAGCCUGCUUGCCCGCAGGUUACUUUGACCCAAACUCGGGGAUGUGGUGGAUAUGGCGAACCCGCGUGCCCGACGGUGACGGUGACUGCUACCAAAACCAAAGGAUGUGGUGGAUAUGACGAACCUGCUUGCCCGACGGUCACAAAUACGGUUACCGCAACUGCUACUACUACUGCUACUAUGACUAGGGGAUGCGGUGGUUACGGAGAACCAUCUUGUCCAGUGGUCACAGCCACGGCAACGACAACAGUUACCACGACGAGAGGAUGUGGUGGCUACGGUGAACCAUCUUGUCCAGUGGUCACAGCCACGGCAACGACAACGGUUACCACUACGAGGGGAUGUGGCGGCUACGGUGAACCAGCUUGCCCGGUGGUUACAGCCACAGCGACAAAAACGCUUACCACUACGAGAGGAUGCGGUGGCUACGGUGAACCAUCUUGUCCAGUGGUCACAGCCACGGCAACGACGACAGUUACCACUACGAGGGGAUGCGGCGGUUACGGUGAGCCCUCCUGCCCGGAGGUCACUAGAACGGCCACCCAAACCGUUGUGAUCAGCUCAACAUUCACCUCAACUCUAUCUGUCCCAACCACUAGUACGCAUACCGAGAAGACUACUGCUACUGCUACUGCUACUUCCACGCGCUCCCUCACAACUACGGCAUCAUAUACCACCACUUCAAUA